UGACACAUUUCAACAAUCGGUUUGACAAUUACGAGUGACAGUUCGUGUUUUGCUGAACAAAUUCUUUUUGCUGAGAAAAAAUCCAAUUGAAAAAUAUUUUUAUCGAAUAACAAUAUAAAGCAGCGAAUGCACAUCAACGGCGUUUUUCAAUGCCAGUGAAGCGAUUUCUUUCGACAGCGACCUGCUAAGCAAAGUUUCCACUGGUGCGAACACCAAUACGAGUUCAGUGAAUGUUAAUGAUGAAGUGGAAAAAAGAAUAAGAGACAUAACAGAAUUCUUGGGAUCCAUAUAGCAGAGAAGAAAAGAAAACUAUAAAGCAAAGUGCGACGAAAUAAAAACUACAACAAUGCAUACAUAAACUAGUGGUGCAGUGAACCAGCCCGAACUAUGAAUAAAAACUAAGCACAAGGAUCGAAGUUGUGAUUUCGGACUACUUCAGAAAAGACGGAACGAAAUGUUAUGCAUAUUUGUCAUAUAAAAAGUACAAAAUUUAUCGUGUGUAUGUGAGAGAUCGGUCGAAUGUGUGAGUGUUGUUUAUAUGUAUGUAGGUAUGUACAUGCUACGAAGUGAAAUGAAAUGUGCAAGUUAAGGAAUUCUGUUGUGUGUGCAUAAUACACACAACGUAUCAGAGAAAUGCAAUUUGAAAAACAAGAAGAACGCAGCAGCACACCAACAACAAAAGAAAGUCAAUCAAGCGUUAACCAGCAAGGAGUACUCGCCUUCUAAACAAAACAGACCGUGUAGUAAAUUCCGUAUGCUGAAAGAAGUUUUCUUGCUCUGAUAUUUCUUCUAAAACCCCAAAUGAACCCUUGUCGUCGCGUGGAGGGAACAACAAGAUACGUUAGCUUAAAACAUAAAAACAACACAAAUAGGAAUGUCAGACAAAUACAAGUUUUUUGAAUAAAUCUGGUUUCGAAGAAUAUUCAAAAGUUGCCACAUUUUUAGCAAUCAGUCCGCAGGACAGGUGCUGCUGGAUGAUGAUGCUGUAAACAACGUUCACGCCAAAAAAAAAAAACAAAGAUUGUGUCUCGCAUAUGAAACAAAAUCAUUAUUAAUUAUUCAAAUCGAUUCAGAAAACGUCCCCUUACUCUUUGCCCACGGAGUCAUACAAGUUUUUCAACACAACCAAACAAAGCCACUUUUUCAAGUCGUAGCUUAAUUCGUUUUUUAAUUAUUGGAUUUUGCACUCACCGUCUCUCGCUCGCUCUCUCUUCUUUGCGACUCAUCCAAACCCCCCAAACAUCUCCGCUCGCGUGCCGUAUGAAAUAGGAAAACAAAACCCGAAAAAAACGACUUCAAGUGAUAAUAUUAAAUAGUUUGGACAAAACAUACAAGCAUUCAUACGCCCAUCCAUGCACACAGAUAUAAGAAACUCUUCUUACUAAUAUUGAACUCGCGGUAUUUACUUUAUUAUUAUUAUUGUUAUUCUUCUUUCGACUUGACUAUUUUCUUUUUUUUUUUGCGUUUCAAUACUACGCGCACUUUUCUGUCACAAACAACAGAGACGAAAGGCAAAAUAUACACACACCACACUAUUUCUUCGUUCGUUUGGCCGUCUUCCGCUGAAGCGAAGCAAAAAAAGCGCGAAUACGGUUUUUACUGGUUUCACUUGUAAUCCACUAAUUAUGCUUAAACUGAUAGAGCCAAUUCAUCCAUAGACCACUAAAGGCCGGUGAAGGUCUAGCUCUUGAAGACCUGUGUGUAUGUACCAUUUUACAUCCCAGGCGGUGCAAAAACCUCCAUAUUGCUAGGAAGAAAAAGAACGAGAAAUUUUUAAACAACCACCUUGUGGUUUAAAUCCGACCUUGUAGGAGACAUUGCAAGCAGACACUGAUAUAUCUCGCAAAAAGGUGGGAAGAAUACGAACACAUAUAAAUCACAAUAAAUAAAUAUGGCGAACCCACGAAAAUUUAGUGAGAAAAUUGCUUUGCAAAAGCAAAAACAGGCAGAAGGCACUGCAGAAUUUGAAAAGAUAAUGAAUGAAGUAAAGGCCACUCGUGUUCUUGAAAUUUCUCCAAACAAUGCAGAUGGAACCGAAACAAAUAUACAACAUGGGAACACAAAUAUUAGUGGGGGAGGUAGCGGUACGAGUAGCGGCGCAAGUGGAGGAGGAGCUUCUCCAGAUGCAAAUGCUGGCGGUGGAACAUUACCAGGUAGUUCGCCGACAGCGUAUCGAGAGUCGCGAGGUCGUAGUAUGGGCGGUGGUCCAAUGCGAAGGCCAUCGGAACGAAAACAGGACCGCUCGCCUUACGGAAGUACAGCGGGAUUAAUUUUAGGCGGUAUGCCUAGCAAUACCCAAAACACUUAUUUGAGUCCACCAAUGGACACUAGCUGGCGCAGAUCAAACUCGGAUUCUGCAUUGCAUCAAACACUUAAUAUGGCCGAGGGUAACUUUGGGACAUCUCCACAGACAAGUUUGAUGGAAGAUCUAAAUUCAUUGCACACCAACUACCACCAGAAUCAGUCAAGCCAGCAUCAGCAGCAACAACACCAUAGUCAUCGAUCUCAUUCGCCGAAUAUUGGUCGAAGUUACAGUCCGCAAGCACAAAGAAGGAAGAGCACGAUCCAGCAGAACCAACAACAGCAACAAUUGCAUUUGCAACGAAUACAAAUGCAGCAACAACAAGCGCAACAACAACAUAUUCAACAACAUAUGCACAGUCAGCAAAUGCAACAGCAUUUGCAACCGCAGCAGCAGUGUAAUGCCAAAUUUAAUAACACAAGUAUACCAGGAAAUGUUAUGAAUUACGCCAACACUGGCUCCUUGCCCGACCUCACUUCUGUCCACUUUGCUGCCGUCUCCAAUAUAUCGCAAAUGAUGCAACAGCAACCGCAACAACAACAACAUACACUUUCACCCAUGUUAUCCCCCAACCAUAGUAAUGGUUGUCAAGAUCGUGACCAAUCGUCAAGUCCAUUUAGUCCGCCCAACCUUACAAGAGGUGGUUGUGGUCCACCGUCCCCAUACCAUCAACAAGAAAAUUCCCCAACAUCAGCUGUAAAUACUUCUACGUCGAAUAACCCACUCACGUCGCCGCAUUUGUCGUUCACUAAUUUGUCUGUACAGUCACCAGUCAGUGUUUCCCAGCAAGGCAACGCACAUGCUCCGAAUGCCUUCACCACCCUUCCUACUCUUGGGGCGGCUAGUUCCACUGGCAACCUCACAGACUACCGGCAGCCCUUAAAUCCUCCCAGUCCGGGUUCUUCCCCGGGACUUUUAACGUCUGGUCCUUCAAACGACAUACACACGAGUGCGCCUGCCAGCCCCAUAAGACAUUGCCCGAGCAACCUAGCCAACAGCUCCACAGCAGUAGGAGGUGUAGGGAAUAGCACGAGACAGAAUCAACAAAUUCAGCAGCAAGCAAUGCAACAAACGGCUUUUGGGGCUAUCGACUCCACAAACCAGGGUUACAACACGCUUCAUCCAGCGUUCCACAAUCACUUUGAACAAUUCAGUCUGGGAGACAGUUGUCAGUCACCACAAAACUACGAUACACUUGAAAUCGAAGACUAUGUUGCAUCUGCUACUUCAGGUACCCAAACGGCUAUGCAGCAUACGUUUCACAACAAAAUGUUUGAUUUAGGUGAUUUGAAUUCUUCAUCGGCCAACACAACUAGGACACAGAGCACAAACACCACCAGUAACUGCAACAACAACAACAAUAUAUCAGGAACAUCAAGUGAUAGGUUGUCCCUGGGCAGUUCACAGCAUUUCCAACACACAAAUAAUAAUUCGUCGACAAACGCGUCAAAUACCAACGGUCCCACACCAUGUAGGACAGCCCUUAUAAAUAAUAACGAUAGACAAGACAUAUUAUCGGCCAAUUCCUCACCAAUACCUUCACCGCUCUCCCAUUGUUCACCUUCGCCUUCGUCGCCAUUACCAAUUCCAAUGUCUUCGCAUUCUCCUGCUCACCACCAACAGCUAUCACUUUCUGUGCAAACAUCACCACACCACUCUCCGCUGCAUUCGCCACAUCACAACUCAUCGCCGUUGUCGGUAUCGUCACCUGGUCUGACAAUGAUGGGUGGCAAUAUAUCACCCGUGCCAUCGCCUUCUGCUCACAUUUUAAACCAUCAUCAACAUAAUCACAUCAACAGCCAGAACCCGUCGCAGCUGCAUCAUGGUCAUACGACCCACAGCAACUCACAGCACAACCAACAUCAGGCACUAAACGUGGUGCACACCCCAACCACCACUACGAACAUACCGCAGAUAAUCUUCUCCGAUUAUUCGUCGUCUCGCGAUAUUUUCGAUAAUCUUGACUUGGAUUUAGGCCAAAUCGAUGAACCUGGCUUACAAAUGUUGUCCGACCAAAACCCCAUUAUGAUUGCCGACCCUUCAAUAGAGGACAGCUUUCGUAGAGAUCUCAACUGAUACUACGAGGAAGCUGUUGCAGCUAUUGAGAGCGGUAUACUUCUGGAAGACUCAUUCGAUCCCCUAGGACCAUUGGUUGAUGUAAAAGAAGUGCUCGGAAAUCCUCCAUCUUCCACGGCAACAGCAACAACACUAGUCAUUAAUAGUAGUGUGGUAGGUGGCGGUUGUGACACAGCCGGAGACAAGGACGAAGAUCAUGUCAAUUUGCACAAAGAACCGCUUGAAGAUGACAUCCUAAGCGUCUUGAACGCAGAUGAGAUCCACGCCGAUGAACCCGACGAAGUGCGUAAUUUCUUAUUUUAAAAAGCGAAACAUUCGCGCACCUCACCACCAAACGGAAUAUGAAAAAUCGCAGCAAACUAACCUCAUAUACUCUUCUGAAGCACAAACGAAUCGUCCCUAUCCCACUUAUUCCUACAAAAAAGGAACUGGAACUACAUGCUUAAUGUCCGAACGUUUUCACACCGACAUGUCUCUUUGCAGCGCCCCAAGUUCUUUCGAAUUUGUUUUGGAAAUGGAGUUUCAUUCAAGCAUCCUCGAUUCAAAUGCUAGCUCAUAAAAUUAAAUUUAAUGAUGCGUAUGCAUAAAACAUAAACUUCUGUAAGUUUAGAAUCUACUUUACGAAAUAAGUUUGUAUGAUUACAAAAUGUUGUAGUAAAUUACAGUUAUAUCACCAGGUACAAAUGCAAUGCGUGAGAUUAAGUAGUGCUCCAUAAUUAAAUAUCAAGCAUAGCAAGAACAUUCAGUCCUACCAAUCAACAAAUCGCAGCAGUCCCUAGCAAAUAAAUGGGCAUGUAUGAGCGAUUGUGAAUUUUCCCAAACAAAAGCAACUCCAUAAGUGUCUUAGACCAGUGACGGCAAAACAUAACACACAGAUUUCCCUAACGCAUUAGAUUUAUGGAAAUGCACCUCUUUUUCCAUUUUGAGGAAGAUUUGAAGGCAUAUAUUGUGUAGACAUUUGGCAUUCGGAUGACAAAAUUGAUUGUGAAAAGUAUAAUUGUAAUAAUCAUUCAAAGGAUAGUAAAUUAACGAUAUUUCUAAAGUAGUAAGAAAGAAUUUCGUACAAACCGUAAGCUAUUACUGAGGUGUUCAAUAAUAACAAGAGAAUUGUCUCUAAUCGAUUGUGUGUGUUUUUUUUCCCAUUUUUGUUUAGUUUCAUUAACUUUUUAAAACAUGUGUCAGCGUGUAGCCCAGAUUAAUGAUUUUUAGCUUUUUUCUCUGCCAUUCAAACUUACAAUAUCAUUUUUAUUCUUUAUUCAGAAGUCAACACAUUUUGACAUUCCUUGGUUUUUUAUUUUCGUUUGUAGAUAGCACACUAUAUCAAAAGAUUGGAAUCGAUGCUAUUCAUAGAAAUCUCGUAUUGGAAGAAAUCCUAAAAAAUCCACAAUAGAAACUUUUGCUAUCAUUUUCCAAAAAAAAAAAUUUAGCUUUGUAUUUGUACAAACGAAAAUACGAGUUCGAUCCUCGACAAUACCAAUUAUUCUAAUCGAAUUUUUUCAGGUCCAACGUCUUACCCGAACAGGCUUACACAUAUAUACAACAUUUUCAUAUUACGUUCCCCAUCGAAGCAAUAGUAUAAAAAGCCGACGUUAAGCAAAUUAACGUAUUUUAUUCUUGUAAUAGUCAACACUUUAGCGUUUAAAACAACACUUUACCGAAACCCAAUAAGCUUUAUAUCCUUACAUGCGACCAUACCAUACCAAAAUUUAUAAUAUACAUUCAAUCCAAGUCGUGAUCUAAGCGAUUGUUAAGCAGCAAAGAAAUAUAAUUACAUUGUAUUUUCGACCCUCUACAAGUCCUUCGUCAAAUGCGAACUUGUAAAAUAUAAAAACAAUUGCUUUCAAUCAAAUUAUAAAAAAGUAAUAUAUUGCGUUUUUAACUAUUGUACAUUUUUCUUCUCAAAGAGUUAAUAAAUGUAUUCAUUUGUUUUUUGCAUACAUUUUUAAUUACGAACAUAUAAAACAUACUUAUGUAAGCUAUACUGUAUAAUUGUAAUAUAUUUAAUAAUUUAAAAUAAUAAAGAACAGUCAAAAUAAGAAUCCCCUUAAUGUAUAAUGUAAUAAUAACAAAGUUAUUUGUUUCAAAUUAAAUUUAAAUAAAUCUUUAAAUUUUAAAAUUA